UAAUUUAAACAGUUUUAGCAACUAGUGUUUUUAAAAUGAAUUAUAUUUUUGGGAAUAACGUACCCUGUGUACUUCUGAUGACACUGGUUAUUCUGGCUAAUGCGCAGAGAAGAGAUGUUGACGUUCACGAACUGGAGAGACAGAACAAGAUCACCAAGCAGAUACUGGAGGCCUUCAUUCAGAAGAAACUCGGCUUGAAGAGUAACAUGCCGAGAGCUCCUUCUAUUCUGGACAUUCUGCCGAUGAAGAUGACCACGCCGGCGACGACCAGGAUGCCGGACAUCGUCGAGGAGCUGGAGGAAGACCAGGAUCUGGAGAAUCUGGAGAAUCUGGAGAACCAGCACCUGAAGGAUAUCCCGGAACCGCACGAGCUGAGUGAAGACGACAGCCUGCAGAGUGUGGAGAGCGAGCAAAUCGAUUCAAUAUACAACACACAAGAAUGUUCGAGUUGUAACGACGAUGAGCUUGGUGUGACGCGGUGGACGAUGCCUCUACUCAAGUCAGGAGAGAAGAAAUAUUACCUCGGAAUAUUCUUCAAGGCGAACUGGUUCAAGGCUCAACAAUACUGCAGGUUCCACGGCAUGCACCUGGCUUCCAUCUCUUCGCAACAGGAGAAUGACAAGCUCGAGCAGUACGUUAAGGACUCUGGUUACGGGCGCGAGCACUUUUGGACAUCUGGUACUGACUUAGCGGAGGAAGGCAACUUCUUCUGGAUGGCCAACGGCAGACCCCUCACCUUCGUGAACUGGAACGCCGGGGAGCCCAACAACUUCCGCUACGAGAACGGAGAAGAAGAGAACUGCCUCGAACUGUGGAACAGAGACGACAAGGGUCUCAAGUGGAACGACUCCCCUUGCUCCUUCGAGACGUACUUCAUCUGCGAAGUGCGAUCCGAUUGACGGGUCACCGCUAGAUGGCAAUAGUUGUGUGAUUGUAUAGUGUGCUAGAUACCGCCAUUUGUAUACAUUGCCAGCAGCUACGCCUGCCCGAUUAUUUUAAAAUUGUGAUAGUUUUUAGAAAACUAGGUUCUGACCAAUAUUAAAAAAAAAACACCAAGUUACGUGAUCUCUACAAAACGUAGCUAUCAAAUUGUUCUAAAUUAAUUUACAGAUCAAAUAUCUAAGUGACUUAGGACAAAUGGUAAUAUGAAUGCUAGAACAAAAUGAAUGCGUUAGCCGACAUUUUGUUUGUAACUCCUUGUAUUAAAACCAUUGGUAACUUUGUUUUUUUUUCAUAAUAAUAUUGAUAUAACUUAACCAUCUUUUGGUCAGUAUAGCUAGUUAACAGUACGUUAAUAUUUGUUUAUUUAUUUUUUUAUUUACGACUCGAAUUAAGUCGUUUUGGUAAGGGUUUAAAACACAGAUCUGAAUAUUGAGACAUUAUUUUGCAAUACAAAAUUGUUGCAACGAUCACUGCCUAAUGAUCUUAUGAUGAACCUACGAGCGGUAGCUCAAAGGGACACGCCGUGUCCAUAGUCAAACAUAGUGGGUAAAUAAACUAUAGUUACCUUAGGAAUAAAUGUAUAAAAUAGUCAUAAGUACAGACAAUAAAACUCUUUAAAAUAUU